CAGGCCCUUCCACCGCGAAUAUCAACGCAUCCAUGCCCGACAACAUGACGUCUCGUGACUACUACGCGGACUCGUAUGCACACUUCGGUAUUCACGAAGAGAUGUUGAAGGACACUGUCCGCACUGGUGCCUACCGUAACGCGAUCUUGAACAACCCGAAUUUAUUCAAGGGUAAAACCGUUCUUGAUGUCGGAUGCGGCACUGGUAUUCUCAGUAUGUUUGCCGCCAAAGCUGGCGCAAAGCAUGUCGUUGGUAUUGACAUGUCCAACAUCAUCGACCAGGCGCAAAAAAUUAUCAAGGCCAACGGCUUUGCAGACGUCAUCACCCUUGUCAAAGGUAAGCUCGAGGAAGUCGAGCUGCCUAUCAAGGAGUUCGAUAUUAUCGUCUCAGAAUGGAUGGGAUACUUCCUCUUGUAUGAAUCUAUGCUCGACACCGUCCUUGUCGCCCGUGACAAGUACCUCAAGCCUGGAGGGCUCUUGUUCCCCGACGAAGCUACCCUCUAUCUUGCCGCUAUCGAGGACAUGGAAUACAAGGAGGAGAAGAUCAACUUCUGGGAUAAUGUCUAUGGCUUUGACUACUCAUGUAUUAAGGACCUUGCUCUCCGAGAGCCACUGGUUGACACAGUCGAGCUAAAGGCUGUCGUUACCGAUCCUUGUCUCAUCAAGCACGUCAAUAUCAACACCGUGAAGAAGGAAGACCUCACCUUUAUAGCACCCUUCACGCUCAAAGCUACACGAGAUGACUAUGUGCAUGCUUUCUUGGCAUGGUUUGACAUCUCUUUCAACGGCUGCCGGGUGCCCGUCAGGUUCUCGACCGGUCCUCACGCCAAGUAUACCCACUGGAAGCAAACUGUUUUCUAUACGCCCGACACGUUGGCCGUCGCUAGUAGUGACGAAGUCUCCGGUGAACUAAGCUGUGCCCCAAACGCCCGCAAUCCUCGCGAUCUAGAUAUUACCAUAUCAUACAAGGGUCCGACUGACGUUCAGCCAAUGACGGUGCAGUACAAGAUGUCCUGAUCGAACUUUUUCACCUUAAAUUUUGCUGUCAUGCUAUCUUUGGCUUUACACGUAUCGUCCGGCUCCCGUAAUCACACCUGCCAACGCAUCACCACUCAUGGACGCCCACUCAAAAAAUGCUUGCUCGAUACACUUUGCACGUACAGGUACUAAAUAAUGCAGCAGC